CGACGAUGGCGUUCUUCGAUGUCAGCGAUGUAGUAACGACGUUGUUCCCGAUAAGUUCGAUUUAUUGGUUCCUUGGUAUGGGUGUAUUCGAAUAUCCACCUGGAAAACCGAAAAAACUACUCGGCCUCUCUUAUGCCGCAACUAUUCUUGUCGUCUAUGUCGCUUAUAGAGUGGACCUGUUGUAUUUUCAACUGGAAACGAACUUGAUACUAACAACAACCGAUGUGAUUAGCUCCGCUGUCAGACAGUGGGCAAUGAGUACAUUUAUCGGAGUGGUACAUCUCGUAUUUAGCCUCGCUUAUUACAAGGUAACUCGAGACUUUAUUUGUUCCACCUAUUCUCGCAUCUGGAAGUUUCAGAGCGAAGGUUUUUUCUUUCCACGACGAAUAUCGAGGGCUAAGCGAUGGGAAUUCGUUAGCGCGAAUGUCGUAAAUUUUCAGAAACAUAACAGGUGUCUCAUGGAAUUGAACGAAAUCGACUCUAUACUGAAAGGUAUGGGCGUCGUUCGCUCCUAUCGGCCUUUCUUAAUUACGCAACUUUGGCAGUGCUUGAGUCUAUUGAUAUCUAUGACUUACACCGUCGGGAUAAGGUCGCAAUAUGAAUUUUCGCGACCUAGCAGCAGAUAUAGACACUUGAGCGCGGCUACUCUCGUGUCUCUGAAUACUUAUGCGCCGCUGAUAGCAUCGGUCAACGAAAUCAGAUUCUACAAUUUCAAUCAGAUCACGGAGCAGAUAUUCAAAGAUUUGAAUAUGUUGCUCGAAUCUUUGAAAAUGGAACGUCCGCACGAAAGCUCGGAUUAUUCUAGAAGUCGUUAUGGUUCAUCGAGAAAUGAAAUACUAUUCUCCUUGAGAAAACUCUACACCCGCUCGAGCCGCCUGGCAAAAAAAUGGAACCAAGCUAACGCCGUGUUCGUUCUUGCUACUUUUUUAUAUUCUCUAUCGAUGAUGUCAGUUCUGUUCCUCGAAAUGAACGGGAGCAUAAUGAGACGAGGGAUUUGGAUAACGCGGAACGCAUAUUCGAUCGUGAUCGUUACAACGGUAGUGUUGAUGGUGGUGAAAUUGAUGAUCACUGUUCACUCUGCGGUAGCCUUGAUGUCUGAGGCGCAUCGAACUUGUGGAAUAUUAUUGGAGCACCUUCAUCCCAUUCGAAGUCUUCGAUCGGAGGUUUACGAAUUUUCUAUGCAGCUUAUCCAAAACCCGCUCCGUUUGUCAGUUUUUGGAGUGUACCCGAUGGAUUACUCGUUGGUUCACGAAUUAAUUUCAUCUCUGGUGACGUAUGUGAUAACGGUCAUCCAACAAACUCAAGGGAUGACUGCCCACAACGCGACGCUCAGAGCGCGCUGACGGAUACGUCGAAUUUAUGACGAGGAAGAAAUCAGGAUUGCACCCGAUCCAAAGAUCACUCUCGAACUACGAUUAUUCAACCGUGCUUUCUGAACCCUCAAUUUCGUCCUACAUUGGGCUAGAUCGUAUGAGACUUGCGUGUGGAAUUUCUGCAUAUGUACUAUAGAAGGAAAUAGAAUUUGAUCGAAUAAAAAUUCUUUUAUCACAAUU